GGUUUUGCGGCGCCCGCCGGCCCGCUCCCCGGCUGCGGGCUCCGCGCGGCGGCUGGCUCGGUGCGCGGCGCGGCUGGCGCUGCGCUCCGCCCCGGCUGCAUUGCUGUGCUCCCGGUGCCCAGGGGAGCCACGCGCCGCGUGCGCCCCGCAGCCGGCCGCCCCAAGGCAGCGCAGUCCGCUGGCAUGGGCCCCGAGGGCGCCCCGGGCUGGGGCUCUGGGCUGAGGCGCUGAAAGCCGCCCUCCCGCCCGCGGGGCCCCGCGCCCGGCCGGCCAGCUCGCCCGCCCGCGGCCAUGGCCGUCCGGCCCGGCCUGUGGCCAGCGUUCCUGGGCAUAGUCCUCGCCGCCUGGCUCCACUGCACGGGUGCCCAACAGAGUGCCACGGUGGCCAACCCAGUACCCGGCGCCAACCCAGACCUGCUUCCUCACUUCCUGGUGGAGCCCGAGGAUGUAUACAUCGUCAAGAACAAGCCGGUGCUGCUGGUGUGCAAGGCCAUGCCUGCCACGCAGAUCUUCUUCAAGUGCAACGGGGAGUGGGUACGCCAGGUGGACCAUGUGAUAGAGCGCAGCACGGACGACAGCAGCGGGCUGCCCGCCAUGGAGGUCCGCAUCAAUGUCUCGAGGCAGCAGGUGGAAAAGGUGUUUGGGCUGGAGGAGUACUGGUGCCAGUGUGUGGCGUGGAGCUCCUCGGGCACCACCAAGAGUCAGAAGGCCUACAUCCGCAUUGCCUAUUUGCGCAAGAACUUCGAGCAGGAGCCGCUGGCCAAGGAGGUGUCCCUGGAGCAGGGCAUCGUGCUACCCUGCCGCCCACCAGAGGGCAUCCCCCCGGCUGAGGUGGAGUGGCUCCGGAAUGAGGACCUGGUGGACCCGUCCCUGGACCCCAAUGUGUACAUCACAAGGGAGCACAGCCUGGUGGUGCGACAGGCCCGCCUGGCCGACACAGCCAACUACACCUGCGUGGCCAAGAACAUCGUAGCGCGUCGCCGCAGCGCCUCGGCUGCUGUCAUCGUCUACGUGAACGGUGGGUGGUCGACGUGGACCGAGUGGUCCGUCUGCAGCGCCAGCUGUGGGCGCGGCUGGCAGAAACGGAGCCGGAGCUGCACCAACCCGGCGCCUCUCAACGGGGGUGCCUUCUGUGAGGGGCAGAAUGUCCAGAAAACAGCCUGCGCCACCCUGUGCCCAGUCGAUGGCAGCUGGAGCCCGUGGAGCAAGUGGUCAGCCUGUGGGCUCGACUGCACCCACUGGCGGAGUCGUGAGUGUUCUGACCCAGCUCCCCGCAAUGGAGGCGAGGAGUGCCGGGGCGCUGACCUGGACACCCGAAAUUGUACCAGCGACCUCUGCGUGCACACUGCUUCCGGGCCCGAGGACGUGGCCCUCUACGUGGGCCUAAUUGCUGUGGCUGUGUGCCUCCUCCUGCUGCUGCUCGUCCUCAUCCUUGUUUAUUGCCGCAAGAAGGAAGGGCUAGACUCAGAUGUGGCUGACUCGUCCAUACUCACCUCAGGCUUCCAGCCUGUCAGCAUCAAGCCCAGCAAAGCAGACAAUCCCCACCUGCUCACCAUCCAGCCAGACCUCAGCACCACCACCACAACCUGCCAGGGCAGUCUGUGUCCCCGGCAGGACGGGCCAAGCCCCAAGUUCCAGCUCGCCAAUGGGCACCUGCUCAGCCCGCUGGGUGGUGGGCGCCACACGCUGCACCACAGCUCACCCACCUCUGAGGCCGAGGACUUCGUCUCCCGCCUCUCUACCCAGAACUACUUCCGCUCCCUGCCCCGCGGCACCAGCAACAUGACCUACGGGACCUUCAACUUCCUCGGGGGACGGCUGAUGAUCCCUAAUACAGGGAUCAGCCUCCUCAUCCCCCCAGAUGCCAUACCCCGAGGAAAGAUCUACGAGAUCUACCUCACGCUGCACAAGCCGGAGGACGUGAGGUUGCCCCUAGCUGGCUGCCAGACCCUGCUGAGUCCCAUCGUUAGCUGCGGGCCCCCUGGAGUCCUGCUCACCCGGCCCGUCAUCCUCGCCAUGGACCACUGUGGGGAGCCCUGCCCGGAGAGCUGGAGCCUGCGCCUCAAAAAGCAGUCCUGUGAGGGCAGCUGGGAGGAUGUGCUGCACCUGGGUGAGGAGGCACCCUCCCACCUCUACUACUGCCAGCUGGAGGCCGGCGCCUGCUAUGUCUUCACCGAGCAGCUGGGCCGCUUUGCCCUGGUGGGAGAGGCCCUCAGCGUGGCCGCGACCAAGCGCCUCAAGCUGCUCCUGUUUGCCCCCGUGGCCUGCACCUCCCUUGAAUACAACAUCCGAGUCUACUGCCUACAUGAUACCCACGACGCACUCAAGGAGGUGGUACAGCUGGAGAAGCAGCUGGGAGGACAGCUGAUCCAGGAACCUCGAGUCCUUCACUUCAAGGACAGUUACCACAACCUACGCUUGUCCAUCCACGAUGUGCCCAGCUCCCUGUGGAAGAGCAAGCUGCUCGUCAGCUACCAGGAGAUCCCCUUCUAUCACAUCUGGAAUGGCACGCAGCAGUACCUGCACUGCACCUUCACCUUGGAGCGCGUCAGCCCCAGCACCAGUGACCUGGCCUGCAAGGUGUGGGUGUGGCAGGUGGAAGGCGAUGGGCAGAGCUUCAAUAUCAACUUCAACAUCACCAAGGACACGAGAUUUGCUGAGCUGCUGGCUCUGGAGAGUGAAGGGGGGGUCCCAGCCCUAGUGGGCCCCAGUGCCUUCAAGAUCCCCUUCCUCAUUCGGCAGAAGAUCAUUACCAGCCUUGACCCACCCUGUAGCCGUGGUGCCGACUGGCGGACUCUGGCGCAGAAACUCCACCUGGACAGCCAUCUCAGCUUCUUUGCCUCCAAGCCCAGCCCCACAGCCAUGAUCCUCAACCUGUGGGAGGCGCGGCACUUCCCCAACGGCAACCUCAGCCAGCUGGCUGCAGCAGUAGCCGGACUGGGCCAGCCAGACGCUGGCCUCUUCACGGUGUCAGAGGCGGAGUGCUGAGGCCAGCCAGGCCUACAACGCCUACACUCUCACCAGCUUUGGCACCCACCAGGGACGGACAGAUGCCAGACGGGGCCCUUCCCCCAUGCUCAGGGGGAGCUGUGUGGACAGGCCCCCUCCUGGCAGACACUGUCCCUUAACACUGGCCCUUCAGACCCUGCCUACACUUCUGCCCCUCCAAGGCCUGCCUGGCCAUGCCCUGGCCUCUGGGGCCCACCCAGGGUGGACAGUGCCUAGAGCUCAAGCCAGGCCCAGCCCAUCUGUGUGUGUGUAUGUGCGUGUGAUGCUACCUCUCCUCCUGCCCCUGGCCAGGAGGCCGCAUACACACGGGCAUGCGCGCACACGCUGGGCUCGGGACAUGGCCCCCAGAGCUCCUGCCUGAGCUGGACCUUAUGCAAACAUUUCUGUGCCUGCCAGGUAGGGGCACAUCUGAGGGGCCUGGCUUCAAGCCUGUUAGAUUGAGGGCCACAGCUGGACAAGGGGCGGCCCCUGGGUUCAGGCACACGACCACCGCACGGGCAUGUGCCCAUGCAUGUCUCGUGUUCUCAUCUCACAUACUCCCCCUCUCACACACACACACACACACACACACACACUCAUCUCAUGCUGUACACCUGGAGGCCACUCACGUCUCUCACACCCAGUAUCAGUCCACAUCUGCCUCUCACAUGCUGCCCUUCUCCCACCCACCCAGGGACACCCAAUGGCUCCUCCCUGAUCCUCCCCCUACCCCCAGCCUGGAGGAGCCCUGCCCAACAGGGCAUGUGAAUAUGCAAUGGGAGUCCCGGGCUGGACAAUGGCAAGUGUGCGUGCCGUGGCGUGCCCGCUCCUGGGGCUGGCCGGUUCCCCCAUGCGGGGUCUGUUGUGUGAAGCUCGUGCCCUGACUCUGUCUUAAGUGCAUUCGUGCACUUACACUUGGCCUUAUGUACACAGCCUUGCCCGGCCGCCGGGGUGCGUAGGGAUUUUAGCGGACGUGAAUGUAAAUAAAUUAUAUAUAUAUAUUGCUAA